AUGACAAGCUUCGGAUUAGAAGGAAAACUGGCCUUGGUGACAGGUAAGGCAUUUUUUAUGAUAGCAUUUGCUGUUUUUCACGCUGACAAUUGUUGCAGUUUCAUUUUACGAUCUACUCACAAAUUUUCUAUAGGUUCGGCACAAGGAAUUGGAGCCGCGACGGCAAGAAAAUUCGCUGAGCAUGGAGCAAACGUGAUCCUCGUUGACUUAAACGAAAACGUUGUGAAAAAGACGGCGGAAGGAAUUCAGAAAGGUUAGUCUUUGACUAACGAAAUGUUAUUUACCGCUGUUGAUUUCAGAUUUCCCAAAUCAGAAGAUUGUCGCGGAAGUCUGUGAUGUUACUCAGAAAAAGGAAGUAGAUGCAUUGGUCGCGAGAAUUGAGAAGCAAUUUCCCAAAAGCAUUGAUGCUUUAGUCAAUAACGCUGCCAUCUGCAAGUUUACCCCAUACUUGGAAAUCAAAGAAGAGGAAUGGGACAAAAUAAUCGCUACAAACUUGAAAUCGGUCCAUCUGGUAAGCGAUUUUCCACUUCUGUGUAGGGCGCUAAGACUUUCCGGGUCAGCGAAACUAUGGAUCGCGUCGGUUCGUCGUUGUAUGCAUGGGGGAGCUACGAAGGCUUAGUAUUUAGAAAUAAAAAGAUUGAUUCGGUCCUAUGAUAUCUUAUGUUUCGAGGUAAAUAUUUUUCAUGUACGCACAUAAAUAAUAUCUAGAAAAAGUUACGAAUCUUCGUUUUUUGCCGGAAAUUUUGAUCUUACGUAUUUUACAAUAACUCUGGGUAAAGACAUAAAAAAAUUUUCACAUAUUGCAACCCUUCGUCAAGUCUCAGCCGAGCGUCGGCGGCUUUGCCAGUAUCUGUAGGCACUUCCUACAAUCUUUUUUGGGCAUCCACUUGCCCUACACGGUAAUUUAAUUUGUAUAAUAUAUUAUCAGGUAACCCAAGCCUUCGCCAAACAAGCGGUUGCCCAAAAACGCCCGCUGGCAGUUGUGAACCUCUCAUCAAUCACCACAAACGCCGGAAUGGUCGAGCUCGCACACUAUGUUGCCACCAAGGAUGGAAUAAAUGGCCUGACCAAGGUGUUGGCCAAGGAGCUCGGCCCGUACAAUAUCAGAGUUAACGCGGUGAAGCCCGGCUGGGUGGAGACGCCGAUGACCGCGCAUCUUGACGACGCUGCUCGUGCUGAGAUUGCGCGCGGAACGCCGUUAGGCCGGAUGGCAAAACCCGAAGACAUAGCGAAUGUGAUUGUUUUCUUUGCCUCGGACCUGGCCAGUUUCUGCACCGCCAGUUUUGUCGAUGUGAAUGGAGGUGUGACACUCUAA